GGACGAUCUGCCAGCAGUGCAAGAUUUUCUAUAUACGGCUGAGUAGAUUAUUCAGCUCUAGAAGAAAGAUUUGUCUUCACAAAUUCCUUUGAAAGCACAAUGGAUGCAUUUUAGAGUUCUACAGAAGUCAUCUAGGAACAAGAACAUUGGACUUUGAGGAAUAACAGCGUUCAGAGAGCCCAGAAAUUGGUCACUAAUAAAGCCUCUUUGGCCAUACAGCUUGGAAAUGAAUACCAUUGAGACAGCAAAGCUUGAAGAGCACAUGGAGGGUCAGCCAAAUGAGACUUCUAAUGGCUACUCACGACCUACUCUCUCAGUCAGUGAAGAGAACAAAAAUGGCACUAGCAAACCAAAGGGCUUGUCUAAUGGCUUGCGAAAAACAGCAAAGAAGUAUCCUGAUUACAUCCAGAUUGCUAUGCCUGCUGAAUCUAGGAACAAAUUCCCUCUGGAAUGGUGGAAAACAGGCAUUGCAUUUGUCUAUGCUCUCUUCAACUUGAUUUUAACAACUGUCAUGAUCACUGUGGUCCAUGAGAGAGUACCUCCAAAGGAGCUAAGCCCUCCCUUGCCUGACAAAUUUUUUGAUUACAUUGAUCGUGUGAAAUGGGCUUUUUCUGUAUCAGAAAUAAAUGGAAUGAUACUACUUGGAUUAUGGAUAUUCCAGUGGUUGUUUCUUAGAUACAAAUCAAUAGUGGGACGCAGGUUCUUUUUUAUAAUAGGAACUUUGUAUCUGUACCGCUGUAUUACCAUGUACGUUACCACCUUACCUGUGCCUGGAAUGCAUUUUCAGUGUGCACCAAAGUUGAAUGGAGACUCUCAGGCAAAGGUUCAGAGAAUCCUGCGACUGAUUUCUGGUGGUGGUCUAUCCAUAACUGGAUCCCACAUCCUGUGUGGAGACUUCCUGUUUAGUGGACACACUGUAGUAUUAACGCUGGUCUAUCUGUUCAUCAAAGAGUAUUCACCACGUCAUUUCUGGUGGUAUCACUUGAUCUGCUGGCUGAUGAGUGCUGCUGGCAUCAUUUGUAUCCUGGUUGCUCAUGAACACUAUACCGUAGAUGUCAUCAUUGCCUACUAUAUCACCACACGGCUCUUCUGGUGGUACCACUCCAUGGCUAAUGAAAAGACUUUAAAGGUGUCUUCGCAGACGAAUUUUCUCUCUCGAGCAUGGUGGUAUCCAAUAUUUUAUUUCUUUGAGAAGAAUGUGCAAGGCUCUGUUCCUUGCAGUUUUUCCUGGCCAAUAUCUUGGCCUCCCAGCUGCUUCAAAUCUUCAUGCAAAAAGUAUUCGCGGGUUCAGAAGACAGGAGAGGACAAUGAAAAAUCUACCUGAAGAAAAGAAGGAAAGCAUCUGCUCUGGUUUUUUUCAUUUUUGAUUUUUUUUUUACCAAAACAUUAAUGCUGUAACCAAAGUUCUUAAGAAGACUGUAACUGAAGAAGUGGACCAAGCUUCUGUGCAAUUGAUGAAAAGACAAUUGUAGACACAUAUAUUGAAUUUCAGAUGUUUUCUUCUCAUCUGGCUGUACAGACCUAUUCUACUCUUCAGUGCUGAUGAAAAGCACCACUGAUGGGAUUUUUUUUUUAAUUAAAGGAAAAAAUGGAGCAGGAUUGUGCUUUAUUAAUGAGAUAGAGGUGCCAAAGACCACAGUAACACUUCCAUUACUAUCACUCAUCUCUCACUCAUCCACAGAAGCACCCAAAAGUCUCCUCUUCAGAGCUCUGCAGUGCGUAAGGGCAAAAACAUGCUAACAUGUAAACGCACGAUAUUGGCAUACUGAGGUGUAUAAAAAAAUAACACAAUUGUGGGAAGUGGUUUGUUGCAUUAUUCUUGUAAUGAAGGUAAGGCCUUUGUGUGACUGGUACAGCUGGAAGCAAGUCUGGCUUUUUUACACACUGGGUAUGAAUAUCUUAGGACCCUAAAAUACUACUUACCGCUGUUAA